CUCGGGACUAGGAGGUCAUACAUAAUUCAAUAGCUCAACUUUCGGGCCCGCCUCUUUCCUGGGGGUGGGAGUUUGCUCCAAACUUUGUUUAUGGGACAGUCCGGGGAGCUGCUGCGGCCGCGCUGUCUGCUUCUCCUGCGCCUCCUUCUCUCCGAGCGCAAGCGCCUGAGGCCAGCUCGGGGGAUGUGAGAGCUGAAGUCCCUAGGCUGCCAGGCACCGAGUCUGGUUGGAAUUUGUCAGCCUAGCCUCGGCUCCAGCUGCGCAAUCUCGGGACUCACCCGAGCGACCCAGGCCCGACGGCAAGUUCGGGCGGGACGGUGGCCGCGGUGCGCUUAGGCUGAGCUUCGCUGCCCGCCCAGAAGAUGAAUCCGGCCUCGGCGCCCCCUCCGCUCCCGCCGCCUGGGCAGCAAGUGAUCCACGUCACGCAGGACCUAGACACAGACCUCGAAGCCCUCUUCAACUCUGUCAUGAACCCGAAGCCUAGCUCGUGGCGGAAGAAGAUCCUGCCGGAGUCCUUCUUCAAGGAGCCUGACUCGGGCUCGCACUCGCGCCAGUCUAGCACCGACUCGUCGGGCGGCCACCCAGGGCCUCGGCUGGUCGGGGGUGCCCAGCAUGUACGCUCGCACUCGUCGCCCGCGUCCCUGCAGCUGGGCACCGGCGCGGGCGCUGCGGCUAGCCCCGCGCAGCAGCACGCGCACCUCCGCCAGCAGUCCUACGACGUGACCGACGAGCUGCCGCUGCCCCCGGGCUGGGAGAUGACCUUCACCGCCACUGGCCAGAGGUACUUCCUCAAUCACAUAGAAAAAAUCACCACAUGGCAAGACCCUAGGAAGGCGAUGAAUCAGCCCUUGAAUCAUAUGAACCUCCACCCUGCUGUCGGUUCCACACCAGUGCCUCAGAGGUCCAUGGCAGUAUCUCAGCCAAACCUCGUGAUGAAUCACCAACACCAGCAGCAGAUGGCCCCCAGUACCCUGAGCCAGCAGAACCACCCCACUCAGAACCCACCCGCAGGGCUCAUGAGUAUGCCCAAUGCGCUGACAACUCAGCAGCAGCAGCAGCAGAAACUGCGGCUUCAGAGAAUCCAGAUGGAGAGAGAAAGGAUUCGAAUGCGCCAAGAGGAGCUCAUGAGGCAGGAAGCUGCCCUCUGUCGACAGCUCCCCAUGGAAGCUGAGACUCUUGCCCCAGUUCAGGCUGCUGUCAAUCCGCCUGCCAUGACCCCAGACAUGAGAUCCAUCACUAAUAACAGCUCAGAUCCUUUCCUCAAUGGAGGACCAUAUCAUUCAAGGGAGCAGAGCACUGACAGUGGCCUGGGAUUAGGGUGCUACAGUGUCCCCACAACUCCAGAGGACUUCCUCAGCAAUGUGGAUGAGAUGGAUACAGGAGAAAAUGCAGGACAAACACCCAUGAACAUCAACCCCCAACAGACCCGUUUCCCUGAUUUCCUUGACUGUCUUCCAGGAACAAACGUUGACCUAGGAACUUUGGAAUCUGAAGACCUGAUGCCCCUCUUCAAUGAUGUAGAGUCUGCUCUGAACAAAAGUGAGCCCUUUCUAACCUGGCUGUAAUAACUACCAUUGUAACUUGGAUGUAGCCAUGACCUUACAUUUCCUGGGCCUCUUGGUAAAGGUGAUGGAGCAGAGCAAGUCUGCAGGUACAUCGCUUUCUGCCACCAUGACUCGUGCUCCCUCCUUUUAUGUUGCCAGUUUCAUCAUUGCCUGGUUUCGAUUGAGAGUAACUUAAGUUAAACAUAAAUAAAUAUUCUAUUUUCAUUUUCUGCAAGUCUGCAUUCUUGUGACAGAUUAUACAGAAUUGUGUCUACAGGAUUAUGCAGAAUACUUUUCUCUUUCUUCUCUUCUGCCCCAUGGCUAAGCUUUAUGGGUGUUAAUUGAAAUUUAUACAUCAACUGAUUUUAAACCAUAAAAAGCUGACCACAGGCAGUUAACUCUGAGGGCAGCUUGGUCCAGGAAAUGUGCACAAAAUUAGACCUGAUUUACUGUUUCAAAAACUGUAUUGAUGACAGUAGUACCCAAUGCUUUAAAAACUAUUUAACUUGAGCUUUAAAAAUCAUUGUAUGGAUAGUAAAAUUCUACUGUAUGGAAUACAAUGUAAUUUUGAAUCCAUGCUGGCUCUGAUGGCUCUAAUUAGUCUGUAUUUACAAAGGCACACACAGUCCUGUUGUAGCUUAGCCUUCAUUAUUUUACUGCAGAGCAUCUAGACAACUUAGUCUCUCCAGUGGGAGAGUAGCAGCAGCCGCAUUAGUCACAGUUCUUACUCUACAGAUCGUGUGAAAGAGACCAGUUUGGUACUAAUUAUGAGCAUUUGUUAUUCAAACAAAAGUUUUUGAAAUAUUGCAACUUGGGAUUUUAAAAAUUGCAGCUUAGAAUUUGAUGUUUUGUUUAGUUUUUUUUUGUUUGUUUGUUUUUGGAUGGAGUUUCAUUCUUGUUGCCCAGGCUGUAACACAAUGGCGCGAUCUUGGCUCACUACAACCUCCGCCUCCUGGGUUCAAGCGAUUCUCCUGCCUCAGUCUCCCGAGUGGUUGGGAUUACAGGCACACACCACCACGCCCGGCUAAUUUUUUGUAUUUUUAGUAGAGACGGGGUUUCACUAUAUUGCUCAGGCUGGUCUUGAACUCCUGAAUCAGAUGAUACACCUGUCUCAGCCUUCUAAAGUGCUGGGAUUACAGGCGUGAGCCACCAUGCCAGCCUUGAUGUUUAUUUUAUAAAGCACUGUAAUUUUGUAGCUGAUGACAAAAGGCAGCCAAAUGUUUUUGCUAAAUUGGUGGCAACUGUAUUUGUGUCUUUUGAAGCAAUUCUGAAAACAUCAGGACAACAUAGAUUUCAACCUGAUGGCACAUGCAAUGAACUGUUGCUUUUAAAAUUCUGAAGCCUUGUCAGGUUUGCUUUCUAGAUUUCAAGUGUUUAAAGUAAUUCUAUCUAUGAAACUGAAGGAUGAAGCAGAUCUCUGACUGACGUGCAAAAAAAAAAAAGAAAAAAAGAAAAAAGCCCUUUGAGGGUGUAUGGUGGAGAUACAUGUUUCUGAAUUCAGUAAAAUUUAUUCCUAAGUACAUUAUCCUAACCCUGUUUGCUACACUUGGUAUAAAAAGGCAUGAAAUAUAUAUUCAAUACCUCUUACAUAACCAAAAACAUUUUUAUUAGCUUUUAAGGACUGAGAGCACAUCAUGUUCAACCGGCAUGCAGUCUGCCUGCAUUGCCAAUGAAGUCCUCAACUGUUUAAUAUUUUGAACUAGUAUUAUUUAUAAUCUAUGAAUUUAAUCUUUUUUUUGAAAGACAUUAAUAAUUCGGGUCUCUGAGAGGACGCUUUCAAUUUCCAUGGGGGACUUAUUUGUUGGAGAUCUUAAAUAAGAUUCCUUUUCAUCUACCGGAAUAUACAUGUACAGAGUACAUUGGAUCAUGUUGGAAAGAAGGCAAGUGAAAAGGUCAGAGAUGAAGUAGUGAAGUUAGGGAAUAUCGUGGAAAGGAUACUAGUUGUGAAAUGGAAAGAGACAAGUUAUAGUACCCCAAAAGCAAAACAAGCAGGAGAUGCGAGAGGUGCCCCAAAAGGACAAAGCAACAAUUUUCUGUUACAACUUUUAUACCAAAAGACUCUGUUGUAGAAGAAAAGAAGGCUUUGGAAGGAGGAGGGGCAGGGCAUGCUGAUGCUGAGCAUGCAGACAGAUAAGAGCGUAGCCUGCUGCUGCCUUCAUCACUAUGAAGUGACUUCUUUUUCCUGAAGGACCCUGGUUUAUGUUCCUCUAAUUCCUUUCACUCUCCCUAAGCCCUCUGAGAAAGAUGAAGGUAGAUGACUUUAUUGCUACUAAAUUGAAGGGAGCACUAUUUCUUUUUGUCUUUUGUUAGCAAAAAAUUGCAAAAAGAAUUGUACAUUCUUGCUAAAAAAAAAAAAAAAAAAAAAAAAAAAAAAAAUUAAAAAAACAAGGGACCUAACAAAACUCAGCAGUGUUACUGUAUUUUUAAAAAAUAUUUUUAUAGACUCAUUUUCAGGUUAUUAAAUGUAAGAGAAACAGAUACCCCUUUUUUUAAGCAGUUAAAUCAUUGAUGACUUAUAUUAUCAAUUUUUAGAAGUAAUUUUCUAGUAAGCUUGUGGCAUUAGAAAAUACUAGAAGAUUUUUUUUAGUUCAAUUAGUUAGAACAUUUAUUAAUGAAUAUAAUAAAUAUUUUUGCAGAAUAAAAUAUGGACCCUUUACGUUUACUAAUAGAUAAAGCCAGAUAUAAUUUUUUUUGUUUUGUUUUUAAGACCAUAAAAUAUGGCCUUUGUUAAAGAACACUAAAGUUAGAAAUCUAAAGUUAGAGCAACUUUUUUAAUGGCUAUUUCCUAUUAUUGUAAGUGUUAAAAUCCCUGCAGAAUUCUUGAUAAGGUGCUAUUUAUAGUAUAUUUCUUUUAUAAAACAACUGUCUUUAGUCUUUUUAGUACUAGUCUUUUUAGUACUAAAUCAACCAGUAAACAUCAUUUCACCCCAAAAUUUUGUCACAAAAGAGGAUCAAAUGAAAAAUAAUUUCAGAGGUCUUUCUUUCAAGAUAUUUUUUUUUCUGAUAAAAUACAUUGUCUUGAAGUAAAUACAUUGUCAAAACCUAAUUGUAAUUCUGUUAAAUCUAAGUAAUUGUUAGACAGCAUUUCACUGUAUUAUCAAGGAUGUGAAAUGCCAUUUCUUUCACUGAUUAUACCAUAUACAGGAAGCAGAUAAAACAGUGAAAAAUUUAUUGUGUUGGUUGAUGCUAACUUGGUAGAAAAGCUCUCUGCAGAAGAAGUGAUCUAGAGUGACAGAAGUGUUGCUAAUUACAAGUUGUGUUCUCAUAACGUAAUUAGAAAGUAACUUCUGAAAGUACAACUUUUAUGAAAAAUAUAAGCUGUUAAAAAAAGGAAAUCGUGGAUUAAUUAAAUUGGGAAAAUGGGCAAUUGACAGAGACCAUUUCCCUAACUCAUAAAUGUGCUAGUACUUUAACUUUUAAAAACAUUUACUUCUACAUUUUGUAAUAUAAAAAUUUCUAUUUUAAGUUUAGAAUGUUUUGCAUACCGAAAGUAUGCAGCCAAAUUGAUCAGAUCAAACCAUUUUACCUGGAGUUUGGUACUGGUUUUUGCUUCUCUGAUUCUGUAUAAGAAAAAUAAAGACAAUUGAACUUGCA